GGUCACUACUCUUGCUCCUCUCUAUUAUACACAUUUCGGCUCGAGAACAAAUCUUCCAAAUGGCCGACUCCAUUGCUUCCAUUGGGAAUAGAUAUAUCGAUAAUAAUGACACCGAUAUGCACUUUCUCCGUACAUGGGCUGUCCGACGGUGCCAACACACAGACUGGGACAUUUGUGAACGAAUUAGGUUAGGUGAACUGAAAGAGGCAAGAGAUCGCGCUGCACAAAUGGAGAAAACCAUGAGAUGGUGGUCUAGUUGUACAGCAGACUGGAGGAAUCGAUGGAGUGCUGUUCGAGACGAGAGGAAUCGUGCUCGUGAAGAAGCUGAAACAUUACGACUCAAUUAUGAUCUUCUCCUCGAAGAAAAGAGAUUUCUAGCGGAACAACUGUACCACGUCGACUCGGAAUCCGACGAGCCAAAACUCGAAAUCUCUCAAAAACCAGAAAUCGACGGAACCAAACGAAAUGCAGUUGUUCAGACAAUUCAUUCAAUUUCAUGUGAUCCUCCAUCAAUUCUAGUCAAAAGUUAUUCGGCGGCUCAAAUUGAAGCAGUUCUUCGUGAGCCAAGUGUCGAUGAGCCGCCCGUUGAGACGACUAAAUCCGAUAUAAAUGAAGAAUUGAAGGCUGAAAAUGAAUUCCUGAAGGAUCAGGCGAAUGAGUUGAACAAGUGUCGAGAGAAGAUUGAAACCGAUGGAAAGACAAUCCAGGAUCUCCGUUUACGAAUCCAAAGUAUGGAGAGGGAGCUGAUGGCGGCAAAAAAUUCAAAAAGAGCAAGCAGUUCCUAAAUGUUUCUUUUUUUUUUGAGUAAAUAAAAUAAACUAUUUUAACUUC